UUCCAGCACAUGUUCCAUAGCAUAUACUGAGCAUCGGUAUCACCCGUGACAUAGAGCCUUCGAGUUUAUCUACUGUGACUUUAGCACAACGAAAGCCGUAAAUGCCUUCUUCUUGCAGCGCAUUUCUACGAAGUGGAUCUAUAUUGCUACAGAUUGCAGCUUUGCAGCACACCGACUUGUCGCACGAUGCCUUUUACUGGGUCUCUGGCGCAAGAGCCAAGGGUUGUGUUUACGACCGAUGCCUGCCUCACCUCACGUCGGUGAAUAAAAAGCGCCAAAUGCUGAAGCUUCAGCUGCAUACAAGCAGGAGCUUUUCCCCAAAGGCUACCGGUCUCAGCGAUAUCGCUUUCAGCAUGGUGGCAGAGCGUGGUGUCAUCUUCUCCUUGGUAGCCCUGGUGACCCUGUCCCUGGUAUCGCUGGGCAGUGCUAGGGCGCUCUCGGGGUGCCCGCCCGUGGACGACAAGGACUCCAAUGCCACUUAUAUCGCCAACCCGCUCGACUGCUCCUCUUACUUCGUGUGCCAACAGGGACUUCCCGUGCUUAUGCCGUGUCCGGCAGGCCUGCUAUUCAACGACGCUCUCAACGUUUGCGACUACGCUUACAAUGUAAGCUGCGUGCCGCUCUACCCAACAAUCACGACAAAGGCCCCAGCGCCAGCCGAAGCUACCACUAAAACGAUUGCAGUUGAGGAGAGCGUAGUCAAGCAGACGGUAGUCAAGGAGAAAGUACCGCCAGCAGCCGAAGACGAUGCCCCCGUUACCAGCAAGAGCGAUGCUACGAAAGUCGAAGAAGAAGCGCCCGCCUCCGUUGAUGCUGGGACCGUCACGCAGGCAGCCGUUGUCGGCACCAAAGUCAACGAUGGCGUCAACUCGGUCGGGAAGCCCGUUGAAGGCACCGUGGACAAGGCACCUGAGCAGAGGGAUGCGGGCAACGUGGCUGGCGGAAACGACGAUGUCAACCAGGCAGUAUUGUGAACCUAUCGGAGGAACUUCAGAGACUUUGCCUCUUGGUGGAAACAUGCGUGGGACUCGGGAGGAAGGAUUCGUUGGAAUAAUCAAUUCUGCAGACUCAUUCAUUCAGGAGUAUACGCGAUCACAGCACGUCUCCAAAUUACAGACUGACAGCACCGUGAAGAAAUAAAGAAAGUGAAUUGAA